GAUAUUGCGUCGCCAAAGUGUGGAAUUCUCCCCGUCACUCGAAGGGAUGAAAUCGAAGAAAAUCCAGGAAGGAAGGCUUCGAUGGUAUGGACGCCUGUUACGAAGGGAGGAACGUCAUGUUGGAAGACAUACGAUGGAAAUGGAAGUGCGGGGUAGAAGGAAGAAGGGAAGACCAAGCAAAAGAUGGCGCGCCUGUGUAGGGGAAGAUAUGAAAUUGAAAAGUAUAAAUGAGAACGAGGCACAGGACAGAAAUCGAUGGAGACGACUCAUUCGCAAUGGCGACCCCAAAUAAAAAUAGUAGGAAGAAGAAGAAGAAGGGAUGAAAACGUCUUCAAGCAACGCCUCCAGGAAUCUUCGCUUCCUAAACGCUUCCUCCCGGUGGAUUUUUCUGGCCUCACCCGAAGACUCUUGGGGAAUCCUUAAGGCUCCAGAUGCCAGUUGACGACGCGAGAGAGACACAAAUCCUACGCCGCGAUCCAUACAUGCCUCGGUCUGUUUUGAAAACUAAGCUAUCGCCACACUCUUACGUAAGGCAUAGUUAUCAUGACAAUGUGCAUCGAUAUUAAAAACAUUACCUGGACAGCACUCAUACCGGGAGCAGUGCUGGAAGUAUUUAAUUAUAUACUAAAGAUGAUACCGACUGGAAGUGUAGAAGACACUCUAAUCAAAGAGGAUCAAAAUCCUGGUGGCAAGAAGGAAACCGCCAUCCAGCGAAAGGUUGGAUACCUCAGAAGAAUGGUUAGGGAAGAAUUACGCCGAAGGGAGGCGCCCUGCGACGGGGAUGAUGUCCUUCCUCGAGUGGAUGGCUCUUCAAAAGUUUCAAAGCAGUAUGUUUUAUGGGCAACGCAAUGCUGCAUUGGAGACUCAGGAACGUGUACCAUGGGUAGCCCCUGACGACGCUGAAGGAAGUGAUGUCGACGUGAGCCCUUUGGACAUUGACAGUGAUGAUGACGACCCUACCUACGUUCCUGACGAAGGCCUUACUCAGGACGAUGCCUUUGACCCUCCUAACUCUAGAGCUCGCAAGGUCAAUGUUGUUGUCCCUCAAGCGAUGCCUAUGGAAGAGGAAGGUGAGCCUAACCCUAAGAGGUCUCGUGCUGAUGAAUGGAAGAAGGAAGACAUUGAUAUCCGUGCCCUGCCCAACUUCAUUCAUCAGAAGCCUGACUAUUUGAGGGAACCUUAUGAAUAUUUCUCCCAGUUCUUCACAACUGAAUUGAGGGAACACAUUGUGUAUCAAUCCAACCUGUACUCAAGACAAGAAGGAUGUAGGCAGCAACUUCCACAUGUCAGAAGAGGAUCUCAUGGUUUUUCCUUGGCCUCAUCGUGUACAUGGGCCUGGUUUCCUCUACCCUAG